GGAAAUACUUGCCUUGCUUUAACAUUUUCAAACAGCAUCCGAUAUGUCUUUGUAAUGCACUAAAUGCAGUACUUAAGACAUACUAUAAUCGACUACGAGUAGAUCCGGAGCGCAUUCGGCGCAACCUGCGCAGAUCUUAUUUUAACCAACGACAAUACAAAAGGCAAUGUCUGUUCGUAACCACGAUCCAAAUAUUAACCUGCGUACCACAUUUGCAAUGGACCAACACCAUCGAUCCGAGGUCAAAGAUGCCGGUCAGCGAUACUUCAACAACCAGUUCGCUGAAUACUCCAACCAGCCUCUGACCGACCAGUCCCAAUAUAUGGACCAGGCGCUGGGUCUCAUGCAGGAUAUCUACACAUACUAUACAUCUAAUCCCAGUCGGAAGCGUCGUGACCUCUACACCGGUGGCGCCGGUAUCGCCUACGCCUGUGUGCGAUUACUGCAGCAUUUGCCGGAUGAUAAUCAGGACCGAGAAAACAUCCAGCGCCUGUGUGCUAACAUUAUUGAUUCAAUAUUAACGGAACACCGCGCAACACUGGGCCGGGACAAAUCCCUGAUGAACGGGGAUGCCGGAGUAUGGAUGGCGGCAGCCCUGGUCUAUGCGGAAUUGGACCGGAUGACCGACGCGGAAAAGGCCCUGAAGGAGUAUGUGGGGUGCUGUGCUGGGGUGGAGCGGAUGACCUUAACCGGAUCGAGUGGUGAUGAACUGUUUACGGGACGGUGUGGGUUUUUAGUUGGGUUUCUGGAAUUAUGGAAACGUUUUCCGGAGCAUUCGAUUUUGUUUGAAGUGCCGGUUGCGGGAAUUAUCAGAGCCAUACUGGCGUCUGGACGAGAGUAUAGUAAUAUGCGGGGAUUCCAUACGCUAAGUCCACUGAUGUUCCUCCAUUAUGAAGCUGAAUAUGUAGGUGCGGCUCAUGGAAUUUCGACUAUACUGCAGUCACUUCUUGGGUUUCCAACAAUUUUAGCCGAAAUUCCAGGAGCGAUUAAUGAUAUCAAGGCGACGUACGAGUAUCUUCUAUCCAGUCAACGUGAUAGCGGAAAUUUUCCGAAUAUAUUUGGAGCAGUUGAGGAUGAAACAUCGGAACUUGUGCAGUGGUGUCAUGGCGCUGCCGGUGUGAUAUAUUCCCUCGCAAAGGCAUAUUUAUUUUGGAAAGAAGAUAAAUAUCUGAAUGCUUGUAAAAAGUGCGCAGACAUACUGUGGAAAAAAGGCUUGUUAAAAAAGGGACCGGGUUUAUGUCACGGAAUUUCCGGUAGCGGUUACGCGUUUCUACUUAUCUACAGAAUUACAGAAGAUGCGGAAUAUCUCUAUCGCGCGAACUGUUUUGCUGAUGUGAUGUUUCAGCCAUCCAUUCGGGAAUCAUCGCGGUUGCCGGAUCAUCCAUACUCAUUAUACGAAGGAAUAGCCGGCACACUGUGCUAUUACGUGGAUUUAGCCGACCCGAUGCAGAGUGCGUUUCCAUUAUUUGACGUGUUGGUGGAAUGCAAAUCGACUUUAAAAAGACGCGUAACAGGAGACAAUAAUUUACCAAGCAUGUACCUGACCUCGGUUUCUUAGAAGUACCACGUAAAACAUCUUGUUACGCGUGUAAAAUUCCAAAUUUGCAAGUGCUUCUUUGGUCAUCACACACAUCGUACUGACACUGUACCUAUUCGACAAUGGACUUACUUUACACUGCGCUUGGCUAAUGCAAUAACAUUAAUUAUAUGUAAUUAGCGAAUUUUACUGGAGUCUGGAUUUGUGAUAAUUAUUUCGCCUACGUUGUUACAUUAAAUCACACAACAUCCCGUGUGUGGCAUGUAAAAUUUGCAGUCUGCGUACACAAUACUCGUAGUUUUGUUGCAUUGUGUGACGUUUCUGAUCGGAUAUAUAUUGCGCUUGUGCUUUGCUUUCUUUGUCGUACGUGUCAGUAUUAUUGCAUUUUAAUACCU